CAAGAAUUCCUACCUGGCAAAUAACAUAGCCCUGUUACAAAUGGAAAUGAGUUUAUCUUUAAGUUCUCACAUCUUUCCUGCCUGCCUCCCAGCUCCUUCACUACCAGUUAACACUAGAACCAAUUGCUGGAUAACUGGCUGGGGGACCCGUACAGGACAAUGGAAACUGGCUGCUCCAUAUGAAAUACAGGAGGCAAAGGUUGCUGUCUUCGAAAGAAAGUUCUGUGAAAUAAAUGUCCAUGUACCAGUUGCUACUACAACAAUAAAUCAUGAUCUGGUGCUUUGUGUUGCGGACUUAAAGUAUGGAAAUUCCAUCUGCAAAGGUGAUCAUGGUGGACCCCUCGUCUGCUCCAUACAGGAUACCUGGUACCUGAUGGGAGUCUCCAGCUGGGGUUUGGAAUGUAAAGAACCCACUGGCAUCUCUUACUUCACCAAAAUCUCUAACUUUGUACCUUGGGUCAAUAAAAGCAGGUCAGCUGUACCUAUGCCUCCUGCUGAAGAUGAUACACAGGCAAUAAGUGGUCCUCCUAUGGUUAACUUUACUAUUAGUUCCCAAAGAUCUUCUCAAAAGGCCAAAACCAACACCAUGAUUUUGCUGCUGUUUUUGCUCUUAAUUUUGUGACUACAGGCUGUCUGUAUCAGUUCUGAAGGCCUCUCAUCUGCGAAUCUAUCUAUGAUCUUUCUGAGCUGUGUCUCUAAGAUGUGGUCUGGGACUGGCAAAAUAAAAGUCAUCAAAUAA